GUUGUGAUAAACUUAUUAAAUAGAUAACUAAGGAUGCGGUCCGGCAAUAACUCGCGGAACUCUCAAGCAGUCGUGACCGAGGCUUGGAAUAAAAUCAAAAAUGGCAUGGAUGCUUGUUUCUUCGAAAAGUCGAUGAAACGAGCAGAUUGGAUGGAUCUUCAGACACAAGUUUAUAAUAUUGCCAUUGACGUAACAAUCGGAGAUGAUUCCAGUAAUGGCCACACCAGACCGGGACAAUCAAGAAACAAAAAAGAGCCUAUAGUCAAUAAACGAUGUGCUGAUGUCUACGAAAAAGUCAAGAAUUAUUUCGAGGGUUAUCUUCUGAAGCUUUCAGAGGAAAUCAAAACUCAUUCGGGAGAAAACAUGCUUCAAUUUUACAAAGAGAAAUGGGAAUCAUACGUAAAAGCCGCUUCGACUGUAGAUGGUCUUUUCGAGUAUGUGAACAGGACCUAUGUUCAGAGACAGAAAGAUCAGAAUGCGAUUUAUGGAUGUUUCAAUAUCCACGAACUGGCGCUGGUAACAUGGAGAGACAAUUUCUUUUUCAGCCUCAAACAGAGCAUAACAGCAGCUGUAUUUCAACUGAUUAGAAAAGAAAGGAAUGGGGAGCAAAUCAACACUAACCUUAUAUCAUACGUGCUGCAAUCGUUAGUGAGACUCAGCAUUCCUAAUCCGUGGGAAGUAUCGCGCCCAUUACCAGCCCAUGUGGGGAGUCCCAGUUCCAUGAACACCUUUCAGAACCAUUCGCCCCACCACCAGAUAAAUUCAUCUGGAAACUUAAGUCCUCUGGGUAGAAAAGAUAAAAACUCCUCACUACCUCCAUCCACGUUUUUCUACAAGGACAACUUUGAAGAUGACUUCAUAAAAGAAACAGAAGAUUUCUACAUGAAAGAGAGUGAACAAUUUAUCAGAGAGCAUUCGUUCACGGAUUACAUGAUCAAGUCGGAAACGAGGUUCGAAGAGGAGAAAAGCCGAGUGGCCAAGUAUUUGCACAACCAGACUGAACGACCUCUGAUCAAAGCCUGCGAGAAGAUUUUAAUUGAGACGCACAUUGAUAGGUUCUACCAGGAAUACACAGUUUUGCUGCGAGACCACAAAAUCGAAGACUUGUCUCGAGUGUACCGACUGUGCUCGCGUGUGAAGGACACUUUGGAGCGACUGCAGGAGAUGUUUCAGGAACAUGUCACUGCCAAGGGAGUGGAAGCCAUGGAAAAUGUACUCGGUGAAAUGGAGAGAAGCAAAACCUCUGGCAAAUCGGAACUGCCCAAACAGUACGCUGAGGGAAUAAUCUCAGUGCACAAACAGUUCACAGAGCUGAUUCACCGUGCAUUCAGUGAUAAUGCUGGAUUCAUAACCGCACUGGACCUGGCCAACGAACAGUACAUCAACCGAAAUGCAGUUACCAAACAGCAAGCCACACAAAACCAGGUAUCUAACAAUCCUCAAGCUAGGGGCGGAGCAGAUCCCUCCAAAUCGGCAGCAGAACUUCUUGCGCAAUACAUCGACUCACUUCUAAGAGUUAGUUCGCGUAAAGGAGAUGAUAACGACCUUGAAGAACACAUGCAGGAUUCCAUGAUGAUUUUCAAAUACAUCUCAGAAAAAGACGUUUUUGCGCGACAGUUUUCGAGGCAUCUUGCAAAUCGGCUCGUCAGUGGAAGUUCAGUAUCUGAUGACGCCGAGCAAAGCAUGAUUGAGAAGCUGAAAAGCAAUUGUGGGUUCGAGUACACGAGUAAGUUCCAGAAGAUGUUCACAGAUGUGAAUCUGUCCAAGAAGUUGAGUGAUGAGUUCAAAAACCCUUCAGUGGUGCUAGACUUUGACUUCUCAAUAAUCGUGGGAACGAGCGCGUCGUGGCCAUUCAACACUGUCAAGGGAUACAUGCUACCAAAAGAGUUCCAAUCGACAGUGGAGAAGUUCAAAAUGUUCUAUAACCAGAAGCACGCCAACCGCAAACUAGACUGGCAGUGGAACCGGUGCAAGGGAGAGAUAGCUACCGGCUGCUUUCAGAAACCAUACUUCUUCGUUGCCUCCAUGUACCAGAUGGGAGUUCUGCUCCUGUUCAACAAGUCCAAAACAGUCACGAUGGACAGCAUCAUUGCCGAGUGUGGGAUCCCGAACGAGGACAGCACAAUCCAGGUGGUGCAGCAGUUGGUCAAGUUGAAGAUACUGACCAGUGCGGGUGAUGAGAAGGAGAAGGAGACGGAGAUAUCUGUGAGCGACUCCUACCACAAUAAGAAGUUGAAAGUGCCAAUCACGAUGCCCCUGAAGGCGGAGCAGAAGCACGACAGGGCACACACGGACAGACAGGUGGAGGAGGACAGGAAGAAUGUGAUACAGGCGGCCAUAGUCAGGAUCAUGAAAAUGAGGAAGAAGUUGAACCACAACCUACUCGUGCAGGAGACCAUAGACCAGGUCAAGUCCCGUUUCCAGCCAAGUGUGAACUCAAUCAAGAAGGAAAUAGACGCCCUGAUUGAGAAGGAGUUUCUGAAGAGAUCGGAAUCGGAGAGAAGCUUCUAUGAAUAUGUAGCUUAGAUAGAUGUGGUGUAUAUAGAAAUUAGAUAUACAUACAGCAAAUCAGCAAUGAGAUUGUCAUUGAGACGAGUAAGCGAAAAACUACUACCUCUGAUGUAGCUACAUGAGUGAGCUCUUCAAAAGCCCCCUCCCCCGUAGCCCCAAAGUUAUAGUUAGCUAUUGGCAUCAUAUCUUCUUUUGAUAUGUAGAAACAACACUAUUUUUCAAGCAAAGUACAGAAGUUUAACAGUUUUGAUAGAAAGUUGAAAAAUUUAUAAAAACUGUUCUGUAAUUUGCAAUGUAUUA